UUCCUGAGACACAGUGGCCAGCACCUGUGCAGGGAUCUUACAGAGGGCAGUCUCACAGCCGCCAUUCCUGGUGAGCAGCUGAGGAAGCUGAGGAGAAGACUCCCCACUUUGUUGCAAUCAAUCCGGAGAAUGAGAGCAGACCUUUAUCUGGUGACAGAGAUUCUGGAGACGGCAAGGAAGGAAACCCUGAAAAGUGAACGGCUGUGUAUGUUGUGGAGCCAGGUGAACGCAAGAGCGUCUGAGGAGCAGCAUCUCGUGGCUGAGGCCCUAGAGAAGGGGACCCUGCCCCUGUUGAAGGACCAGGUGGAUCUGUCCUGGAGCAGAACUGGAGUGAGCAGCCCCAUGAUAUGGGCUGGGACCCUGACACACGACUUCUCUGUGCCCUCUAUGUUGCUCUCUCCCUCCUGCUGCAGCUGGGUGAGAAGCUGACCUCAGUGCCUUCCUAACUAUCUGUUAGCCCUUGAACCAUUCUUCCCACAAGCCUCUGGGUGCUCCCAUCUCAGGCCAUCCCUGACCCCCAGUCCCCCCCCACCCCCCCGACCCCCGUCACCAGAACAGUGUCUUUAUAACAAACAGCCGACUAUUUUGCAAUACAUUACUUCCCCUACAUGAUAAUGUCCAAAAAUCAGCCUGGAUUGUAUGCAUGGGCUUCUGACUAAAAGUGGCAGAUUGGUCAUAUUAAUUUUCUCUCCCUCUUGAAACCUCACUAAAUAAAGUAAAACAAUAGAAAAGAUGUAAACACACAAUGAUACAGAGAACGGGGCAGCAGAUAAGAGAUUCUAACACAUCUGGGCGCCUGGGUGGCUCAGUUGGUUAAGCGACUGCCUUCGGCUCAGGUCAUGAUCCUGGAGUCCC